AUGUAUCGCCAGUCUUUCGCACCACCCCCGGCACAGUCACCUCCGCUUCACCACCCCGUGCCUCAGCAUGUCUCGACCGUCCCCAUGAUGCGCUCGCCUCCUCCUCCGACAUCUCAGCAGCCGCAGUCCUCCGCCUAUGGUAAUCCUUACCAGCCGGCUCCCGCACAAGGUGGCAGUGGGACUUAUGCCCCUGGAUUCGGCGGGUUCAUCAACGACCCCACGGCGCAGAUGGGAUUCCAUAUGGGCAAGACUGCGAUGGCGGCUGGACAGGAGUACAUGGAGCAGAACUUUAAUCGCUACGUAUCUAUUCCUGCCCUCAAGCAUUACUUCAACGUCUCGAACUCCUACGUGAUCAAUAAGCUGGGUCUUGUGCUUUUUCCAUGGCGACACAAGCCGUGGUCUCGUCAGCAAGCACGUCUGACGACUGCUUCCACCGGCCCCGAUGGCCAGAUAUCGCAGCAACAAUACUCGUCCAUGUUCCUGCCUCCGCGUGAUGACCUCAACUCGCCCGACAUGUACAUCCCCGUAAUGGCUCUCGUCACAUACAUCCUAUUGUCGGCGAUGCUGGCGGGUUUCCGUGGGAAUUUCCAUCCUGAGCUCCUUGGAGCGACAACCACCACAGCGAUUGCAGUCAUCCUGUUCGAAAUCAUCUGCCUGAAGCUGGCCACGUAUAUCCUCAGCAUCAACAACGACUCCCAGUUGGUAGAUCUGGUCGCAUACUCUGGCUACAAGUUUGUCGGAAUUAUCAUCACCCUGGUAGCUUCUGAGAUCUUCACUCCUGGGAAGGGAACAGGUAGCUGGGUCGGAUGGGUGGCAUUCAUCUACACGUUCCUCGCAAACGCCUUCUUCCUUCUCCGCUCCCUGAAAUACGUGCUCCUCCCGGAUUCAACAAGCGAUUCAUCCAUGCGCACCGGCUCAAUGCACACAGUUGCCCGCUCCCAGCGCAACCGCCGCACCCAGUUCCUGUUCAUCUACUCAUACAUCAUCCAAUUCAUCUUCAUGUGGGUUCUUAGUCGUGAGGGGCCAUCAGCGACUGCUUCGGCCCUGGGCAGCGGAGCUUCGUCAUAG